GAACGACAACGUCUCUGCCACUGAGCUGAUGUUUAUCUACUUAGCUUGUCAUGAUGCAGUCUUUCUCGUUCGUUAAUAUAUACAGUUAAAAAAUAUUCCUUAUUUGUAAUAAAUGGUCGAUAAUAUACCAUGAAGCUAACGCGGAAAUUGGUCCUUGCGAAGGCUAAGGCCUCCGACUUGGAAAGCGUGAGGAAACUGAACUGCUGGGGAUGCAAUCUGACAGAUAUUUCUAUCUUCUCUCAGAUGCCCAACAUUGAGGUGCUUACACUGAGUGCCAACAGCAUCUCAUCUCUGUCUCCUCUGGCUGGCUGUCUGUCUCUGAGUGAGCUGUACCUGAGAAGGAACAUGAUUCCUACGCUCUCCGAACUGUCUCACCUGCGUUCCCUGACACGUCUCCGUGUGCUCUGGUUGGCUGAAAACCCUUGUUGUGGAACUGACCCAAGCCGGUACCGACUCACCGUUCUGCGCUGCCUGCCUCGCCUUCAGAAACUUGACAAUCAAGUGGUGACUGAGGAUGAAAUUGCACUUGCUCUGGUGGAUGGUGAUGAGGUCAGCACACCCCCGGGUAGUACACAGAACCAGCUUUCCAACAAUGGACUUCCUGAUGCAGAGACAGAGAAUGACCCACUUAACUACAACAUGGAGGAGACCAACAAAAUCAGAGAAGAAUUAGGAAUGAAGCCCCUCUCUAGAGACAAGUUCUCCUCUCUUUCUUCUCCAUCUACCAGAGAAAAACAAAAACUGAAAAAGACUCACAUUCUAGAUGCAGUUCUGCUGCUGUUGAGUGAUUUGGAUGAAGAGGAGCUUCGUAUUGUACACACAGCUGCACAGAACAGGCUGCAGACAUACACGUUGGACUCGGGAGACAGUCAACGACUGACAGCCCAGACAGAAAACUGCUGAAAUCCCAAACUAACAUUUCACAGCAUGUAUUCAGGGCCGUCAUCUCACUCUGCUUUCUAUAUUUAACACAAACCUCAGGAUCCCAAAAGGCACAUGUUGUCCAGGUUAACACUUUUCCCUUGUGUGACCCAGUUUUCCCACAUGGUCAAAUAAUAAUUUUCAUUGCUUUUUUUUUUUUUUAUAGCUGCAUGUUUACCUGCCUUGUCAAAGCAAAAGAAUGUACAUUUUGCUAAAUGUUUAAAUAUAUUUCUGUAAUUAAAAGACAACCAGCAAUAAA